GAUAUUUUGUGUUGUCAAAAAAUAAUUCAUACGGUUUUUGUAGUGUUUAAUAAAAAUCGAGCGAUAAUUAAAAAUUAUCGUACAGAGCGAAUAAAACAAUGGGAAAGGAACCGAAGGGAACGGAAUCGAAGAAAGCGGCGUUCGCCGGCAAAACAAAGUGAAUUAGUGAAUCCAGUUCGCGCCUCGACAAAUAACCCGAGAACCGGCGGCCAUGUUGUAAGUCUUGUCAAGCAUCAUGGGUUAAGAGUGCGGAAUAUGCAAGCUGUAAAACGCUCGAAAAAAUCGUUUUGUAUACAAGCCGAACGGUGCAUUUUAUCAAUAAAGUGUAUUUCUUUCGAACGGUAGCCACAGCGGAUCGCCCGGUGGUCGCGAAACCGAUGUUUCUGCGCAUUUUUACGGUCAGAGUGCAAUGUCGUACUAGCUAGCGCAGGGAGUCGUCUGCUGCCUGGCCGACGAUUGCGAGCUUCCAGCAUCCCCAAUUGCGGGAGGUGAGUGCAAACGGACGUCGGGACCGUUGUUUCUGGCGUCUUGGGGUCGCGUCCGGUGCCGGUUAUCGACGAUAAUGACACGUGCUGUGCGGUAAACAAGGAUUUUUAUCAUAGGACGACUAUGGCCAAAAUUCUAGGCAAAGAUCAGGCCACGUACGCGAAGGAACGCGAUGUCUUCCUUCGAGAUUUGCAACAUUUCCACGAAAUUCGAGGGACGCCUAUCAAGCUAACCCCUAUUAUAGGAGGCACAACAGUCGACUUAUACCUACUUUAUAAUCUAGUUACAUCGCAAGGCGGAUGGUUGAGGGCGAACUCGAAGAACGCAUGGCCCGAUAUACUGCCGUUGUUGAAGAUACCCAAAUCCUGCGUCAAUGGAAAUGUGGCUCUUAAGCAGAUCUACCUAAGAUAUUUAGAUCGAUGGGAGAAGGUGCAUUUUCUGCACGAAGAUGCAGAUAGGGCCAGUGAUGACGAUGAAGAGAGCAGGCACAAGCGCUGGUCCGCGAGAUCUUUGCAUUCCAUCCCUUGUUGCUACAAUUACGCGCAACACAACAUUAGCGAAGCCCAACGAAUAGCCCAUCAGCUUGCAACAAACGUGCACAAACCAUCAACGUACGACAGACUAUUUAUGUCUCUGUUGUGUCCAUUGCCCAACGAACAAGAUUUCGCCAUCAACGUCUGUACACUUCUAUCGAACGACGGCAAGCACACGUUGAAACUCGAAAAGCAACCGAAAUUGGUCAACUACUUACUCGCCCACGCUGGAGUUUUCAGCCAUAGCUCUCUUCGACAGUUAUUUACGCACUUUUACAAUAAAAUACGUAAACGGCCUAUACACAAUUUCUGGAAGGAAGUGCUCGACUCGCCGGAUUUCCUCGUUCUGACCAACGAAGCCGAAUUCCCGAACGAAUCGGAAUCGAAGAAACCGGCGCCACUGAUCGUCGGCAAAGAGGACGAAUACGUUUCGGCCUUUUUGGCAUUGAACGACGGCCCGAACGACUCGGAACCCAACGACAACGCGGACAGUUCGUUGGACUGCGAGAUAAUCGACGAUACAUGUGAUAUAUUCAAACUGAAAAUCGACGCGGCCGACGGCGAAAUGUUCAACGUUAAACGAUCGCUCGGCACGCAGGAUUACAUCGGCCAGAGGGUGUUGCAAAUCGCGACGAUUUUGCGGAACCUUAGCUUCGUGGAGGACAACGUGCCGGUGUUGGCGAAGAACACGUCGUACGUGAGAUUUUUGUUGUUGUGCGGCAUGUCGCGUUGGAACAUGUUGAAGAACAUCGGCUUGGAUAUGCUCAGUAACGUUGCGUCCGAAUUCGUUAUCAAAGACAUACAAAACGACGUGUUGACGAACAAACUGAUCAAAAUCGUGACGAGAGGUUUGAAAAGCGAAGACAGGGCGGAGUGUUUGUCUUCGUUGGAAGUGCUGAACAAGUUGAGUCAAAACGAACAGAACGAAGAGAUAUUGCAGAGAUCGUUGCAGGCUCACGUUUAUAAAAGUGUGUGUUCCUUUUUGACGUUACACGAUGUUAUGUUGUUAAUUUAUACGUUAGAAUGUUUGUAUUCGUUAUCGUCACUCGGCGAGAGAUCUUGUAAUUUUAUCAUUGUUAAUCAUGGGGUUAUAGAUACGUUGGUAUCGUUAGUGACUGUUGAAGGUAAAAGUUACGGUCCGAAGGCGUGUAUCGGUAUGAAAUUGGUCGAGACAUUGCCCAGCGGUACGAGUCAACAGGCGCAGGUAACGAACGCGACCGCAUCGCAACAGCCCAUCCAACAACAUCAGCAACAAGUUCCGGCUGCUAGUAGUUCAUCGACGCUCGUCCAUACGUUAACGUCGACUUGUGUAGUUGUGAAUUCCAGUAGCGCCGCGACGCCCGUCGCCACAUCGACGACGACCACGAUAAUCAGUAGCAGUCCGGCGCCGAAAUUGAGCGCUCCCAGUACGCCUGUCAGACAGGUCAAUAUAGCGCCUCAAAGAUUGAUACCCAUUUCACCAUCGACUACUACAUCGAGUAUGUCUACUCUACCGACUACGCCAUCGGUUAUUCAAACAUCGACGGUAAUGACGCCGCAACAAUUGAUCCAACAGCAGCACGCCCAUCAGCAGGCCAUCCACGAGAACGAGCAAUUCGCCUUGGCUUGGUUAAGGGCCACGUACGAACCGUGCACGUCCGGCAAAAUCGACCACCAGGAAUUGUACAAGCACUAUUUAAGUUCCUGCUCGAACAUCGGAAGGCGAGGCGUCAUAUCGCCUUUGCAUUUUCCCAGAUGCGUUAGAUCAGUAUUCGGCGGCACCGUGGGUCCCAAUCCGAUGAAACCGGCGAAUCCGAGCGAUCCGCAGUACUACGAAGGCAUCAAGGUGCGCGACAAACCCCUCAUAAUCAAUAUCCCGCCGUCCUCGGUAACCAAACCUGUCGGUGCGACGAUCGUACCUGCUGCGUCUAACUCGGUGACCAAACUACAGCAGGUGCGUCGAAAAUCCGUACAGCCCGUUAACGCGCCGGCGCCGCCGUCGCAAACGGUCACGUUGACGGUCGUCGCCGAUAAUAACAACGGCGUCGCGACGGACGUCGUUAACGCUUCGUCUCCCGCCUCUCCGAUACUAAAGGCGCAACUGAGCGCGCCUCCCAAACAAAGGGACGGCGGCGUCCCUUCGCCUUCGCCCUCGCCCUCGCCCGUCUCGAGCAAAGGCGACGUGAAAAGCCAGGCCAUGGCCCAUCCGCACUUGAGCCAAGCGCUACUGGGCAGUACAGCGUCGACGGCGCCAUCUACAUCGACGUUAACAAUGGCCGGGGGUGCCGUUAAAGAUAACCAAGCGACAGGUCAAACGAGUAACACCUCGCUAAUAAAAAGCCUUCUGGCGACAAAGGUAAACGAUUGCAUGUCAACAGUGAGCAUGAGGACUGCCACAGACUGUCAAAAUGUAGCUCAGGUAGCAGCUAGACAACGCCUGUUGGCGCAGCAACAAAACCAACAGCAACAAUCUAACGAGAAUUUGAACAAAACCCCGAUGAAGGAAACGGCGAAUUCGAACCGAUUGAACGGCGUCAGGCAACUAUUCUCGGACAUCGAAAUCGGCGAUCCGUCCGUAUCGUCUACGACGCAAUUCAGCGAUUUGACAAAAGGUAAAAAAGAACCGCCCCAACCGCCGCCCCCGCCUCUGGCGCCGCUCAGUAAUAACGUAAAGGGCGGCGGCAACCGGUCGCAGAGAAUCGACAACGAAGACAGCGAUUCGAUCGGUAACAAUUCCUUGGCUUCGAGUUCCGGAAUAGGUACCAUAGGUAUAGGAGGUGUAUCGUCGACGGACGACGGCGAAAAUUCCCUGACGGGUUUCGAAGGCCUAUUGAACGGCAUACCGCCGGCCAUUGAAAACGCCCUAAACGACGACAGCGAUUCCAAAGAUUUUGUAAAAAUAUCGAGUAGUGAAAUAUCUGUGAAUAAACCGCUUAGGUUAGCUGAUCUCUUAGAAAAGAAGUUCGAAAAGAGCCCGCCCAUGUUGUUGAACGGUGCGCUCGGCAAAGAAUUAAGACUGGGCGACAAGGCGAUGGAUUUGGUCGAGAAUCACAUCGAGAAGGCCUUGAGCAGGGAGAUUGAGGCGAAUGCCGAGAAAUGCAUCAAAAUGGAGGUGGAUAUCAAGAACGAACAACCGGAAAGGGAAAUGGUAUCGCUAAAAAGGUGUUCGUCGGACGAUAUAACGGAACCGACCGAAACGAAACGACCGUUAUUAGCGAGCAACGUCAACGUAAACGGCACGUUGGCGGCCCAUUCGCCCGCCCCCGAUUCGUCGAGUUCGAACGGCGACGACGGUCCGUCGACGGGCGUCUCGACGGCCGCCGCCAAAUUGUUCGCCGACAUAGCGGCCGACAUUUUAGAGGACGAAGACGAAGAACAACUGAUGCAAGAGGCGGGCGGCGGCGACGCGCCGUCGUCGGCGGCGGCGGCGGCGCAACAGGUGCAACUCCAACCGGCCCAAAGUCCCCUGCAACAGAUCAUCGUCGAUCAGAACAACCAGCAGGUGUUGUUGGCGCACCAACCGCGACAGAUCAUCGUAUCGUCGGGCGGGCAAUUGCCGAACGCCGCCAAUCAGAUGGUGUUCCAAUCCGGUACUUCGGUCAAAACGCAAUCCGGCCAAACGGUGAUCGUGCAAAACACGUCGUCGGGUCAACGAUCGAUGGUGCUCGCCCAGCCGAACGCCGCCGGCCAGAUACUGUUGUCGCAGGGCAUCCAAGGUCAAAUGCAAAUCGUCGCCUCGCAAUCGGGCCAACAGUACGUGUUGCAGACGACGGGCGGUAACGGUCAAGGGGCCGCCUACGUGGUGGCUCAACCGCAAAACGCCGUUAUGCACAACGCCCAACCGCAGACCGUUUUGUUGGCGCAAACGGCGCAACAGCAAGGCACCGGCGCCAAGACGAUCAUUAUAUUGCAACAGCAGCCGAGCGCAGGCGGUGGCGGGGGCGGCGGGGGAGGCGGCGGCGGCGCCACGCAACACCAGAAGGUGGUGGUCACGCCGCAAGGACAACAGGUCGUCGUUACUCAAGUUCCCAGGCCGGUGAUGCACACUUCGUCCGUAUCGAAUAACGUAUCUGCCGUUAACAAAUCGAUCAAAUCGGUAUCGAGUGGCAAUACCAAUACGAAUACGACGCAAACGCAAAAUACCAGUAUAGUGAUAAGCGAUAGAAGUGAGAACGUUAGAAGGAGAACUAGAGAUUUGACGUCGCCGUUCGUUUGCGAAUGGAACGAUUGUACUAUUGAUGUGGCGUUCAAAUCGGCGAACGAAGUCUACCUUCACGCUUGCGCGUCGCAUUGUCCGACCGGCAGCGAGGAGAUCAUUUGCCAAUGGGAUAGAUGUGAUAAUAUGAAAAGGAAACGAUUUUCCCUGAUGACCCAUCUCCAUGACAAGCACUGCAAUACGGAGUCGAUGAAACAAAGUUUGGCCAAACGAAAACAGGCAGCCCAGUCGAACAAGCCCGAAUCUCCGGCGCCCGCGACGCCCAGUCCCCAUCCCGGUUACGCGCCCGACGCCGCUUUGCACGCCAUCAAAAGACACGCCUUGGAGUUCGUCAAUCCGAAGGAAUUGCAACUGAAAUCCACGAAACCCGUCGCUGCUGGUUUAACAGCAGUUAUCGCCCGCGGUGGUUCCACACCUUCUUCCGACCAGGUGAGGUGUCGGCUUAUAGACGAAAACGAAGGACCCGUUACAAAAAGUAUUCGACUAACAGCGUCAUUAAUAUUAAGGAAUCUUGUAAUUUAUAGCAGUCACUGUAAAAGGUACUUAAAAUCGUAUGAAUCCCAUUUAGCUAAUGUAGCUCUGAGCAACGUCGAAUCAUCAAGGACGAUAGCGCAAAUUUUAUUUGACAUGAACGAUUCGACGCACAGGUGACCGAAACGCAAAAGUGAUUGGUGUUUUGUCGAUGACUCGAAGUGAAUGAGAAAUGUGCCGGAAUGAUUAAUAGUGUAAAUAAAUUGAUGAUCGAAGAAGAAGAAGAAAAAAACAUGAAAAACGAACGAACGAAAGAUUGAAAAUGUACAAAAGUUUAGUUGAUUAAGUGAACUACUAAGAGCCUAAUUGUUAUUUUUUAUAUUAUUUUACCUAGUGUGAAGGAUAUACGAACUUAUGGAAGAAAAAAAAACAUUUUAAAAACUACUUUUCCCUAAAAAGCAGGCACUGUAUUGUUGAAAUUGAAGAAAAAAAGACUCGUUUAAAUUCUGUAGACACAUUGUAUUAAUUUCUUUUUUAUCCGUGCAAUUACAAUGGCUAUUAUAUGUUAUUAGCUAUUCUUUGUAUAUAACUCUGAUAUCUUAGUCUAGAGCGGUUUUUAAAUUGUUGCCUUAAAUACAAUAUUAUUUAGUUCUUUUUUUUAUGUACUCGUAACUUUAAUAUUAUUUAUCGAAAUACAUUGUAGUAAACCUGUUGUUUGGGCAGUUAUUUAGUUCGAUUUGUUUUAAUAAAAUUUCAUACUUGAAUCAUUUUGUAAUAAAAGAAAUAACUUUCCAAUUCCAGGCGAUUUCAGUUCAAAUUUCGAAUCGGCAACACCGCAACGACUGAGAUACUCGUAUUAUGGAUAAAAAAAAUCUGUUUUCGAAACUGUCCAUUGUACAUGUGAUAUAGAUGGCACAUCGGUUAUUUUUUUUAUCAGUAUUAUCCGAAAGUGUAAUUAUGCUUUUUCUUUUCUCUUCAGCGAGGUACCGAAUCUCUAGUUGACUGAUUUUAUUAUUAUUAUUUUUUUUUUGUUCAAAUAUAUGUAACUACAGUUUUGAUUAAGUUGUGUUGUGCUUAUCAUAUCUCAAAAUAUCCAUCUUUUCAUACUUACCAGUAAACGAAGAAUUGUAAAGUAUUUACAAUUAUGGAAGAAAAUUAAAAUGCAU